UUACUUUGCCAAGUAAUUUUUCACUUAUUAACGUGGUAGAUAUUUCGUCUAGAGAAAAAUUUUAUUUGCUGCAUUGGGUACAAGUGAAACAUAUUGAAAAUGAGUGAAUUCCAAAUGCCAUCGAUAGGCACAAUGGAAAAUUUGCCAGUUGAUGCUUAUACAGAUGGUAGUGCCAAUAUGGGUAACAAUUCCACUGGCAAUGAUGAACGCUAUGGCAGCCGUAGUGAUUACGACAAAGCGGAGGUAGAAAAGCAUAAACGUUCGCGUUCUAAAUCAAGAGAUAAGGACAAGGAACGCAGUAAAAGAAAAAGGGAUCGAUCGAGGGACCGAGAUCGUGAAAAGGAUAAGGAUAGAGAUCGUGUUCGGGAUCGGGAUCGUGACCGAGAUCGUGAUCGUGAUUACAGACGUUCAAAUCAUCGUUCAAGUCGUGAUCGUACAAGUCGAGACAGAGAUCGCUCAAGUCGUGAUAGAGAUCGUGCAAGUCGUGAUCGGGAUCGUGAACGCUCCAAUCGCAGAGACCGGGAAAGAGAUUCCCGUGCACGUCGUAGCAAUUCACGACCAUAUGAUGAUUAUGAUUCAAGACGAAGGCGCGAACGUAGCAGAGAUCGUCGUCGUUCUCGUAGCCGUAGCUAUGAUAGAGAUCGUCGCAAACGCAACAGUCGUACUCGUGAUAGGAGUAUGUCAAGAGAAAGAUCCGAACGCAUGCACUUGGAAUCGAUCAAAGAAGAAGUUACUCGAGAUAACCGUUUGGAUUUAACCCAAACCAUACAGGAAUUGAUGAGCAGCACCACAAAUGCUAAAAACUUUGCGGCUUUGUUUACCUGCAACAACAGCAAUGAUUCCAUGUCCAAUGGACCAACAGAAAAUUCACAAGAGGAAACUGAGAGAAAGCGCCGCAGGAAAUCUCGUUGGGGUGGAACCGAGAACGAUAAAACAUUCAUACCAGGCAUGCCGACAAUUUUGCCGCCAACACUGGAUCCAAAACAGCAGGAAGCAUAUCUAGUUCAACUUCAAAUUGAGGAAAUCAGUCGUAAGCUGCGUACCGGUGAUUUGGGAAUACCACAGAAUCCAGAAGAAAGGUCUCCAUCACCGGAACCCAUUUAUAGCUCUGAUGGCAAAAGGUUGAAUACCCGAGAAUUUCGUUAUCGCAAGAAAUUGGAGGAUCAAAGGCAUCAAUUGAUACAGAAAAUGCAGACGGUCAAUCCGGACUUUAAGCCGCCAGCUGAUUACAAACCUCCUGUUACCCGGGUCAUUGAUAAGGUCCUAAUACCCCAGGAACAACAUCCAGACAUUAAUUUUGUGGGUCUUUUGAUUGGUCCUCGCGGCAAUACUUUAAAGGCCAUGGAAAAAGAAACCGGAGCCAAGAUUAUCAUACGUGGCAAGGGCUCGGUUAAGGAGGGCAAAGUGGGCCGCAAAGAUGGCCAACCUUUGGCUGGAGAAGAUGAGCCCUUGCAUGCUUUCAUUACCGCCUCAAAUCCAGAGGCUGUUAAAAAGGCUGUUGACAAAAUCAAAGACAUCAUACGCCAGGGCAUUGAGGUGCCCGAGGGUCACAACGAUUUACGUCGCAUGCAGUUGAGAGAAUUGGCUCAGCUGAAUGGUACUUUAAGAGAAACCGAUUGUCCACGUUGCACCAAUUGUGGUUCUACAGAACACAAAUCCUGGCUUUGCCCCGACAAGCCCAAUGUCACCAAUAGCAUAGUGUGUACUGCUUGUGGUGGAGCUGGCCAUAUAUCCAAAGAUUGCCGCAGUAAACGACCCGGCGCCGGUUUACCAGGCGAGGAAGGUGACAAUUCUCAGGCCAAAAUAGAUGAGGAAUAUUUGAGUUUAAUGGCUGAGCUGGGCGAAGGUCCUCCACCCUCGGCUGCCAAGCCCCAGCCGGAUCCUUUGGCCCAGGUUCAUAUCAACCGUGGCUAUAGCAUCUUUGACAAGAAACCAGUGAGCAUGCAAGCCAUACAAACAGCACCACCGCCACAUGCGGCUCUAAAUGCUGUGGCUCCACCUCCACCCAUUCCUCCCGCAUGGGGCAACACCAAUCCAACACCGGUAACAAUGCCUCCAUUGAUACCACCACCUCCUACUACGCAGCCACCAACACCCGCUGCGCCACCGCUCAUGCCUUGGAUGAGUGUAAGCGCGCCUCAACCACCGCCACCAGGCGGUGAUCCACCACCACCACCAGGUACUGGACCCUUGCAGCCACCAGGCACUGGACCUAUGCCUCCUCUUUUGCCACCACCUGGAACUGGUUUGCCGCCAUGGCAAGCUCCACCUGGCAUACUGCCACCAGGAUUUCCAGCUUGGGGUAGUGCCGCAGGAGGUUAUGCACCUCCUCCCCCGCCGCCAUGUGCCCCACCACCACCAGGCAUAGGCAGUUUGGCACAGCCUCCACCACCCCCACCCCCAUCAUAAGAAAGUGGAAACUGUAAAACGACUUGCUAAUCUCAAUUCUUUGUCAAUUGAUGGGUGGUAACUUUAAAAGUGUGCUGCUGCAGUCAAUCACCUAGUAUAUGAAUUAUACCAACACACAUACAUAUAUAAUUUACUAACCGCAAACCUAUGAGUCAUUCUAUAAAAAACAAAAACAUUGUUGUAUCUUUCCUGGUGUUUUUUUUUGUUAUAUAUGAAUGCGAUUUUAAAAGCUCCCUUGCUGGAAGCUAUAAUAACUUUUAAUGGUAGAAAAUUAAAAUUUCUAUAUAAACAAAAAAAAAAAAUUGUAUCUUAUCAUUUGAACGCACUGAAACUACUACUUUAUAGUUUUAAGCAUAUACGUAAAUACUUAUAAAUACAUACACAUACACAAUUAUAUGUAAACAGCAUCCUAGACAAACACACAGACAGACGGAUAUAUACUUUCUUCACCUAUACAUUUGUAGAAAUUGAAAUUAACUUCCUGCUAGUGGAUGAUUUAGAGUUUGAUAUAUACUUUGAAUCUUUCAUUUUUUUUUGUAGAAAAAUGGAUGCUGUUCCCUUUAUAUGACUUUGACAUAUUUCAAUUAUAUACAUACAUAUUUUUAAUUAAAUAAUAGUAUAUCAUCCAACUUUUCAAUAAAGUA